AUGAGUAAUGCAGAGGAGAAGUUCGAGAUAAUUACAAGUGAGGAAUGGUUAAGCUCGUUGAAGAAGAGGGUAGACGAAACAAAAUGGAUGGAUUGGCGCACCGAUGGGCCGACCAUCUUCAAAGUCCCUGGAAUCUUUCAAGAGGCAAAUUCGAAUGCAUAUAAGCCCAGGAUGGUGUCGCUCGGCCCCUACCACCAUCGCAACAUACACCUGAAAGCUAUGGAAGAUCUGAAAUGGCACUACCUCCAGAAAUUCCUGGGCCGAAACCCCGGCAAAUCACUGGAAGACUACAUCGAGCAGAUAAAAAAAAGAGAGCUCGAGGCACGUAUGGCCUAUUCAGAAAAAGUGGCCAUGACUAGUGAUGAGUUCGUUCAGAUGAUGCUGCUUGACUGCUGUUUCGUGAUCGAGAUCAUACACUCGUAUGUGGAAAAACGAGAAGAAAAAGAAGAAGCCGUAGAUAAACAAAUUAGAUGUACGCGGUCAUGGUUCCGCACUGCGCGACCGAUGCAUUCCGUGGCCGCCCAACCGCGGCCACUGAUGCAUUCCAUGGCCAUGCGACCGACGUAUUCCCUGUUGGCGCGACCGAUUCCGAUGUUAGGAAACCAGCUUAGAACGGAUGAGAAAGCAACAGAAGCUGAGCAUAAUCCAAUUACAAGCACGUGGUACACUCUACCAGUGGUCGUGCAAGACAUGCUGAUGCUGGAAAACCAGCUUCCUUUCGUUCUCCUCCAGACUCUGUUCCACUCGGCUUUUCCUAAAUCACCUGAUCGCCUAGAAAAUUGGAUAUUCGAAUUCGUCAGCAAAUUCGUGAAAAGCAAGAUUGAGAAUCCCACCAAUAUCAGCGAUGUGAAAAUUCACCAUAUACUUCAUCUUUUGCAUUGUUGCCUUGACCCAUCAAAGAUACGAGAUGGCGGUAAACCUCCCUCAUCCCUCUGGCACAAGCCUAACUGGAACAACUUACGUCUCUCUCGAGAAGAUAACCACCCAACUCCCCUGCUGAAAUGGAUUCCAAGUGCGACGCAGCUGAUGGAGGCUGGAGUACAUUUUAGGAAGAAGGAGGCCACGAACUUCUUGGACAUCACCUUUCAGAACGGUAAGAUGGAGAUCCCCUUACUUCAGGUAGAUGACGACACCGAGACCUUCCUCAGGAACCUCAUAGCAUUCGAGCAGUGCUCCAAGAAUGUCAGUCUUCAUGUCACGGCCUACGCGGCUCUCAUGGAUUGCAUCAUCAACACCGCCGCCGACGUCGCGUUGCUCCAGCAACAUGGGAUCAUCCUUAGCGGUUUGGGCGACGGCAAGCAAGUCGCUGAUCUAUUCAACAAACUUUGCAAGGAGGUGACGUUGGACUACGAGAAAAGUUAUGUUUCAGGCAUCUACAAAGAUGUCAACAAGCACUGGACCAACAAAUACAACCAAUGGCGAGCGAGGCUUAAUCAUGAUUACUUCAGUAAUCCUUGGGCGGUCAUCUCGGUGUUUGCAGCUAUCUUGCUCUUCGGUCUCGCCAUAACGCAGACCAUCUAUUCUGCUCUGAGCUAUGUUCGACCGCCAAGUUAGUCUCCGUAUUAUUAUUAUUAUUAUUAUCUUCUGCCUCUUCCUGAAGUGUUUGAAAUCUUACUGGUACUGUACGAUUCUCUGGUUUCUGUACUGUAAUUUGUUAUUGCAAGCAAUAAAGGGUUUGUUUGCUUA